GGCGCUCGCAGUCUCCCCGCGCCGCCCACCUCCUCCGGCCUCGGCACCAUGGCCGCCCCCGUGCUCCGGCGUGCCGUGCUCCGCAGCGGGAGGGCCCUCGGCGCGGGCUCAGGUAGUAGAUCUCUUCUUUCUGCGGCCUAUGUGGAUAGCUCAAAGUGGGAAAAGAGACAAAAAGAGGAGCAUAACCUGGCUGACUUGGCCCACUUAAUGGACAGAACCUAUGAAAGAAAGCUGCCUGUCAGCUCUUUGACGAUAGCCCGGUUUGUUGACAACAUUUCUUCACGAGAAGAAGUGGAUCAAGCUGAAUACUACCUUUACAAGUUUCGUCAUAGUCCAAAUUGCUGGUACUUGAGAGACUGGACCAUCCACAGCUGGAUCAGACAGUGUUUGAAAUAUGGUGCUGAAGACAAAGCCUUAUACACAUUAAAAAACAAAGUUCAGUAUGGAAUUUUUCCAGAUAAUUUUACAUUCAAUAUUUUGUUGGAUUAUUUUAUAAAGCAGAAGAAAUAUGAAGAUGCUAUGUCAGUAGUAACAGAGAUCAUGCUCCAAGAAAGUUUUGAUGAAUUAUCAACACAGCUUCUUUCUCUCUAUGUUUUAUACCAGUAUCUGGCAACCAAGUCUGAUCAUGCGUGGGAAGAGGAGAGAAAUCUUGGAGCAUCGCUAGUGCUUGCGAGUCUAAAGCAAAGUAGCACUGUGGGUUUUAGCUCCCAGCUGUAUGGCUAUGCAUUCCUUGGAAAAGUGGAGUUGAAUAAGGGACUAAGAGCUGUAUACAAUCUAAUGCCACUGAUGUGGACACCUGGAUAUUUGAAUAGAGCCUUGCAAGUGAUGGAGGCUGUGGCUUCAUUGUCAGGAGACAGCAAAAUCUGCAAAGAAGCUAUUGAUGCCCUGGAGACCAUUUUACAGUCUGUCCUUGAAGCCAAACCUGGUCCAGAAUCUGCUGAAGAAGUCAAGGGAUUAGAGCAGAAGUCACAGAGUGCAGAAUCAGAAGAAACAGAGCAAUCUAAAGCACCUGAGUACUACAGUCGAUUCAAAUUCCAGGAGCAAUACUCAUCUCAUAGCCCAUCAGUUUCCCUUGCUGCUGUCACCUGGACGGCUGUGACCUUGCACAGUUGUUCUGGAUACAGACUGUUCUGAAGAAAUUUCAGAAGUUAAAAGACGAGUAUCCUAUGGUUUCACCUCACACACACAGACUUUUCCUUUCUUUAAUUUUUAUUUACACAACUUUGCCACUGAUCUUUAGAUAUUAAACUUGCUUUGUAGGCAGUUAGAACUUUUUAAUUAAAGUAUUUGGAAAUCAGUGGGUGUUCAGCAUGUGGUAAUUAAUGCCUGGAUGAAUUACAGUGAAUUAGGUAAACACAAGUGCCCUUUGAAAGAGGGAGUAAGACAUUUUUAUGUGUCUCUCAUUGCCUAUCCAUUGUCUAGCCUUGAAGAAAAUAAUGCAGAGUGCUCGAAACAAGGCCUGAAUAUCAAAUUGGGGACAGGCUAGUGCCAAGAGGGUAGUUUUAUUCUCACCUCAACCUUUCCACAAGUUCCAUAAUUAAUCCCCUUUCAGGCAUUCAUUGGUGUGGCAGUGAGUGCCCUGACUUUGGACCGAAAAACUACAGACCCAUUGCUUAACUCCGGGAAAGUCUGCAUAUGAGAAAGACAUAGCCCUCAUGUGGAGUCUAGGCAUCCAACAGUAAUUAUAUGUCCAUAAGCCACAAUUUCAGGUUGUCUGAAUGAGAAAAGGGGCUCACAAGUCAGAAUGCCAUUUCAGCCAAGCCUGAAAGAGUUCUGAAACUCUCCUCUCAAAUCCAUCAGGACAGCAGUAGUCACUCUUCCCAGCUUAAUCCUGGACACUUACAGGUGUCGUUCACAGGGUAGAGUAAUGCACUAGAAAUCCAUACAAGUGUGAGGGAAGGUGGCAGCUCUGAAGCAACCUGGUGCUGUGUGCAUUCACAGCUGCUGUCCCAGGACAGAUCACCUGCUCUUCUGUGUAACCCCAGCAAAGGGUUUGCACUUCUGCUGCUGCAAACAAUUCAGUUGCACUUUGUUCAGCCCUGCAUUAGCCAGCAUAUCCCAGUCUUUCUCCUUGAACUCAAAACCAGUUGCUCCUGCCUCCUGCAUGCCCAAUUCUCUUUCACAAAUCGUACACCUCAGAAUACAAGGAAAAGCAUAUGGAUUUGCUCCAGACAUACACAUACUCCUCCAUUAUAUUCCAUGGAAUGGACUCAGUGUCUCAUACCAACCUUCAGAACAGCUAUUUGUGGAAGUACCUGAAAAAGCCAUGGCAGCCUAACAGAUACGGAUACAUGUCCUUCACUUCCAUGGAAACAAACAGAACUUGAGGGCAUUUGGCUCUUUCCAGAUAAAGCCUUUAGAGCUGUAAUCUAGACACUGACACUGUUGUUUGUGUUGUAAUUACCUGUUUUCGGAUCCCAUAUGCUGAGACUACUCAGUACAAUGCUCCUCAGGCAAUUCCUUCCAUCUGUGUCAAUGAUCAGUGGGCAAACAUUUCAUCACAUAAAUGCUGGGAACACCUCCCCUAACUGUCUGCAUGCAGAGCCCUGGAGACUGCUUAUAAAAGUCAAUGAUUUAGCCAUUUAAGAAUGUGCCCUUUUGGUACCUGCAGGACAUAUAGCCUUCUGCUUUCCUAAAUUAGUUUUACUGAUAUAUCACAGAAGAGCAGUGAAUAUUCCAGAAGUUCAGUGAUACCAGUAAUGGCUUAGGGGACAAGACUUGCUAGUUUCCAGUUUGUUGCCUUUCUGUAGUUCAAUUUCAUACUGUUCAAGUUCAGUGCAUAAAGCCCCUUUUCAGCACAUCCUUAGUAGAGUUUAAUAGUAAGAAUCUGAAGGAUGUAAACCAAUUACAUUUAAACUGCAUACCUAGUCGGUAGACAUGAGCAUAGUUGUCAAGUUCCUUCCCCAAACCCAAGCUGUACUGUCUCUUCACUUUUCUCACUGAUGCCUUGUAUACUUACUUACUGAUACCUCAAACAAAAUAGAGACUAAUACACCUAAAUAAGUUUAUUCAAUUUGGUUUUAGUCCAUUAGCUUUGAAGACAUUGGCUUUGUUUUUAUUCUUUAUCAUAAAAUUAAAAACCCAGACAGAG